AGAAUUUUUAGUUUCAAUCAAAAUUGUUUUAAAGAAAAUGGCUCAACACAAAAUGGAAAGCUUGCUCUUGCUUGGCAGUAAUAACAAUAAUGUUAUUUUCGAAGAAGAAUGGGCAAAAUCUCUGCCUGUGGUUAGAAAUUUGCUUUGCAGACAGAACGUUUCCAAAUUUGAGUGGCAAGACUUGUUCAGCACAAACAACAGAAUCACUUCUUGGGUUGACUCUGGCAAUGAAAAAUUACUUUCAGUAUUAAAAGAGGAAUUGACCAAACAUGUUGGCGAAGCUGCUAAUAAAAUUCUCCCCCAUUCUGAUGUCGAUUCGCUGCUCAAAGCUUAUAUUCAAGAAUGGGAAGGCUAUUCAAUUUUAUGUCGCUACUUGCCGCUUCCAUUCUGUUUUGUUGAAAAAAGAGAGAAGGAAUCAAAAAGUGGGAGGAAUAAACAAGGUUUUCAAGUUAGAGAGUUGAUGCUUGACCGAUGGAAUAAAUAUGUGUUUUCUAAAAUUUCAACUCGAUUGUUGAAUGCAGCAAUGAGUUUAAUCGACCGUGAACGUAAUGGAGAACUAGUCAAUUCACAGCAUAUAAUUGGUGUUCAAGAAUCCUUUGUUGAUUUAAGCAUUGUUGGAAACCUCAAUUAUGCUGAACAAUUUGAAGAGCAAUACAUUACGUUUACUGAACAAUUCUAUUCUUCGCAAACUUCACAAAUAUUGGCAGAAAAUGGAGUUUUGGCUUAUAUGGCCUAUGUUGAUGAAAAAUUGGUUGAAGAAGAGGAAAGGGCCAAAAAAUAUUUGGAUGGGGAAACCGAUGGAAAAUCAAAGGGAAAGAUUCGAAUUGAUUUGGAUGCGAAGAAGGGGCAAUUUGAAGAACUUAGUCGAACCAUUGGUCGUCUGAGCGUGGCAAAAUUAAAUUCUAUUAAUUGUAAAGCAAAUUCUUCCUUUCAAGGUAAAUUUGGAGAGGUUUAUUAG